AUUGCGUCUGAUCUGACUUUUCUUCAUACUUAUCCCAUCCUCACUCCCAUCGCUUUCCUUUCUCUCCGGAACCCUAAUUGACUCCGAUGGAAAAUCUUAAUAGCGGUUUCUGUAAAGAGACAAAAACCUUUCAUAGCUUAAGAUCUCCAGUUGACCUACCUUCGCCGGAGGAAUUUCCUUUAUCCGUCGCCGAUUUCGCAUUUUCUCUACUCUCAUCUUGGCCGUGGUACACUUCAUCCACGGCUUAUCUGAUUGAUUCGGCUACCGGAAACCGCCUUUCUUACUCUGAGUUCAUUCAGCGAGUUAAAAACCUCGCCGGUUCUCUCAAAAGCAGAAUCCCUCUUUCUAAAGGCGACGCCGCGUUCGUUCUCCUUCCUAAUUCAACAUAUGUUCCGAUACUUUACUUCUCUCUGCUUUCUCUCGGUUUAAUUGUUUGUCCUUCCAAUCCUGCUGCCGAUGAAUCUGAGACUCAACGGCAAAUGCAAAUUGGGAAGCCUGUGAUUGCUUUCACCACUUUCGAAAAUCGUCACAAGACUUCGGGACUGAAAUACGGAACGAUUUCGAUUGACUCGUCGGAAUUCGAGUCAAUGAUGGAGUGUCAUACUCAUAACGAAAUCGCCAAAGUAGAUGUGAGUCAGAACGACAUCGCUGCGAUUAUCUUUUCCUCAGGUACGACAGGUUUGGUGAAAGGAGUUGAGUUGACUCACAAGAAUUUGAUCUCGGUCAUCAGAAUCUACCACGAUCUACGUAGAGGACGGGAGUUUCCGGCGGUGCAGUUAUUGACGACUCCUCUUUUUCACAUAUACGGUUUCUUUUAUAGUCUGAGGGCUGUGGCCCUUUGUGAGACUGCAGUAAUUUGGACCAGUAGCGUGUUUGAUGAGAAGGAAUUCCUGAAAGCGGUGGAGGAGUUUCGUGUCACGCAUGCAGCAGCGACUCCGCCGCUGCUAGGGGCGAUGGUUAUGGGAGAUGUGACUGACGGGUAUGAUACGACGUCGUUGGAGAGUGUUGCUUGCGGUGGAGCUCCGCUUAAGAAAAGCGUGAUAGAAUCUUUCGGGAAGAAGUUUCCUGGGGCUUUAAUACGACAGGGGUAUGGAUUAACUGAAUCAUCGGGAGCAGCAUUCAGAUCAUUAUGUGAAGAAGAAUGUAGGAAUUGGGGUUCGGUUGGGAGGCUUUUGCCAAACUUUGAGGCUAAAAUUGCAGGGUUGGGAUCUGAAUUUGAGUCGGGGUUGCCGCCCAUGAAGAAAGGCGAGCUUUGGAUUCGAGGACCCACUAUCAUGAGAGGGUAUGUUGAUGAUCUGGAAGCAAGUUCUAGGGCAUUGAGUGAUGAUGGGUGGCUAAGAACAGGCGAUUUUUGUUACAUUGAUGAAGAAGGAUUCCUUUUUGUCGUCGAUAGGAUUAAGGAAUUGAUACAAUGCGACGGUUACCAAGUAUCUCCGGCGGAAAUUGAACAAAUUCUUCAUAGUCAUUCACUGAUUGCAGAUGCAGCAGUUAUAGGAAAUGGUGAUGAAGAGAAGUCGGCUGUGGCUUUUGUUGUUGUUAAAGACAAAAAUAUCCUCAGUGAAGUUGAGGUUAUGGAUUUUAUAAAGGAAAAGUUACACGAUCAUCAAAUUAUAAGGAAGGUGACAUUUGUGAGUUUUAUACCCAAGUCUCCGGCUGGAAAGAUUUUGCGUAAAGACUUGAAAGCGAGUUUUCUUAUCUAGUCACCCAAAUAAGAAGAAUAUGCAUUUAUUUAUUACCUCUUCAUUAUAUUAUUAUUGGUAACUAUG